UCGCGACUGGCCACCCGCGUCCGAAGGUGCCGCUUCUUUUAACCGCGAGUGUCGCGUACCUGGCCACGACGUUCGUUUCUUGUGUUUCGCGUCGCGCGACGUUGAAAUUCCCAGUGAAGUUCCAGUGGAGUUUCCAUCGGCUAGGCGAGAAAUAAGGAACGUUCGACGAUCGCUGCCCCGAUUGGUCCUCGGAUGGAACGUACGUGUCCGAUAGUUUGCGAGUGACAAUCCCAUUGAUGACAGGGACGUCGGCUCGCGAUGGAGGAUCGUCGAGGCGUAAGAAAUGCCCGCUCGGACGCCAAAGCGUCAACGAACCGCGGCUGAGCUCUCAAUCCUCCUGAAUGGAACCCUCGACACUUGGAAGCGGCGGGUAACUGCGUGGCAAGCGAACGACAGACGCGCCCGGGGGGUGGCUAUAAUAAGCAUUCCGUGGAAAACGGCUGAAAAAUGAGGAGCUCGUGGUCCCUGUGCUCGCUGGUGUCGCUUAUGCUGGCGGUGAACAGCCUGCAAACCGGCGGGCUCACGAGGGGCGGUAGCGGCAUUCAAAUCGGCACCAGCGACAGGGCAACGCACACCAAGGGGCUAGGAUUCGGACGGGGAACGGGGGUGAGGCUUGGCGAGGGCAGAUUUCCAAAUUCAACGAGGCAGAGAUCGUUUACCACCACUACGACAACUACACCGUCGCCACCGCGAUUCACCCACGCGCCGCACUCGGAGGGAGGCGCUCAUAAUAUCACCCUUCUGGAGGUGGGCUUGAUGGUGCCGCACAAGUCAUUUGGUGUGAGGGAGUACACGAAGGCGGUGACGUCUGCUGUCAUCAUGCUUCAGAAGAGCACGAGGGGGCCAAAAUUAAAACUUUUCGAACGAUACGACAUUCACGUGAAGGUUGCCAUGAAGGCGCUGACGCCAAGUCCCACCACAAUCCUGAACUCGCUGUGCAAGGAGUUUCUGCCGACGAACGUGUCAGCCAUCUUGUACCUGAUGAACUACGAACAAUACGGCCGAAGCACUGCCAGUGCACAAUACUUUCUGCAAUUGGCUGGCUAUCUUGGAAUCCCAGUGAUUGCAUGGAACGCCGAUAACUCGGGAUUAGAACGGAGAGCCUCGCAGAGCAACCUGCAGCUGCAGCUGGCGCCGUCGUUGGAGCACCAAACGGCCGCGAUGCUGAGCAUCCUCGAGAGGUACAAAUGGCACCAAUUCAGCGUAGUCACAUCGCAGAUUGCCGGCCACGACGACUUCGUGCAGGCGGUCAGAGAGAGAAUCUCGGACAUGCAGGACACCUUCAAGUUCACGAUAUUGAGCGCGGUUCUGGUCACCGAGCCCCACGACCUGCUGGAGUUGGUCAACAGCGAGUCGAGAGUGAUGCUACUCUACUCGACUAAGGAGGAGGCCACUCACAUACUGACCGCCGCCCAUGAUUACCAGAUCACCGGGGAAAAUUACGUGUGGGUGGUCACCCAGAGCGUCAUUCAGGACUUGCAGACGUCUAGCCAAUUUCCGAUCGGAAUGCUCGGUGUGCAUUUUGAUACACGCACGGAUAGUUUGGUAAAUGAAAUCACGACAGCAGUCAAGGUUUAUGCGUAUGGCGUCGAAGACUUUCUGAACGACAACGAGCACCUGAGUCUAAACACUCAGCUCAGCUGCGAGGAAAACUUCGGGGAAUCACGCUGGAACACUGGGGACCUGUUUUUCAAAUACUUGAAGAACGUGUCGGUGGAGGGUGAACACGGAAAGCCAAACGUAGAGUUCACUCAAGACGGUGUUCUGAAAGCAGCGGAAUUGAAGAUCAUGAAUCUUCGUCCUGGCGUGAGCAAACAACUCGCUUGGGAGCAGAUCGGCGUCUGGAAGUCCUGGGAGAAGGAGGGUCUGGACAUCAAGGACAUUGUCUGGCCAGGAAACAGCCAUACGCCCCCUCAAGGAGUGCCGGAGAAGUUUUAUUUGAAAAUAACCUUCUUGGAAGAGCCGCCCUACAUCAAUCUCGCGCCACCGGACCCUGUGAGCGGAAAAUGUCUGGUGGAUCGUGGCGUUCACUGCCGAGUGGCCAAGGAGUCCGACAUGGUCGAGAUGGACAUUCAAUCGGCGCAGAAGAACGAAAGCUUCUAUCAGUGCUGCAGCGGGUUCUGCAUCGACCUGCUUCAGAAGUUCUCCGAAGAAAUUGGAUUUACUUACGAGCUUGUUAGGGUAGAAGACGGCAAGUGGGGCACGCUAGAGAAUGGGAAAUGGAAUGGUCUGAUUGCGGACCUGGUAAAUCGAAAGACCGACAUGGUGAUGACGUCUUUAAUGAUUAAUUCUGAAAGAGAAGCCGUGGUGGACUUCACAGUGCCGUACAUGGAAACUGGAAUCGCAAUUGUGGUAGCCAAGAGGACCGGUAUAAUAUCUCCUACUGCCUUCCUUGAACCGUUCGACACAGCAUCUUGGAUGCUGGUUGGCAUCGUUGCCAUACACGCUGCCACUGUAAUGAUACUGCUCUUCGAAUGGUUAUCGCCAUCCGGUUUCAACAUGAAGAAGAAUCCGUCACCGAAUCAUCGAUUCUCGUUCUGUCGCACGUACUGGCUGGUCUGGGCCGUAUUAUUUCAGGCAGCCGUCCAUAUCGAUUCUCCCAGGGGAUUCACAGCCAGAUUCAUGACAAAUGUGUGGGCGCUGUUCGCCGUGGUGUUCCUCGCCAUUUACACUGCUAACCUGGCCGCCUUCAUGAUCACGAGGGAAGAGUUCCACGAAUUCAGCGGAGUGGAUGAUCUUCGUUUGGCGAAACCGUUUUCCCACAAGCCCAUGUUCAAAUUCGGCACCAUACCGUGGAGUCACACGGACAGCACACUCGCGAAAUAUUUCAAGGAGAUGCACGCGUACAUGAAGGCCUUCAACAAAACCAGCGUCGCCGAGGGGAUCGAAGCAGUUAUCAGCGGAGAAAUGGACGCUUUUAUCUACGAUGGAACGGUUUUGGACUAUUUGGUUGCACAAGACGAGGACUGCCGACUGCUGACCGUGGGUUCCUGGUACGCCAUGACAGGAUACGGUCUCGCGUUUUCAAGAAACUCCAAGUACCUACAGAUGUUCAACAAACGUCUAUUGGACUACAGGAACAAUGGGGAUUUGGAACGUCUGAGAAGGUACUGGAUGACGGGCACCUGUAAGCCAGGAAGAGAGGUUCAAAAGAGCAGCGAUCCCUUGGCACUGGAACAGUUCUUGUCCGCGUUUCUCUUACUGAUGAUGGGAAUUCUUUUGGCCGCGGCCUUUCUACUUCUAGAACAUUUGUAUUUCAAAUAUGUCAGACAGCAUCUGGCGCGGAGCGACGGUGGUGGUUGUUGCGCACUUUUCAGUUUGAGUAUGGGAAAGUCUUUAACGUUCCGUGGAGCAGUGUACGAGGCACAGGACAUCCUGAGGUACCACAGAUGCAGGGACCCCAUCUGCGAUACUCAUUUGUGGAAGGUCAAGCACGAGCUGGACAUGGCCAGGAUCAGGAUACGACAGCUGGAAAAGGAUCUCGAGGCGCACGGGAUAAAACCAACACAGACUAAGAGGAAAACCGGAAGUCUCGGCUGGUGGCGAGGAUGCUUUCAAAGCUCGGAACGCCAUACACCACCGGAGCCAUUGGCGGUGGAAGCUCCGCAUCCGCUACCGCCAUACUUCGAUUCAUUCAUCGACGCCAUCGAUGUAGCCAGGCCUAGGGACAUGACCAGGAAUCACGUAGUCAGCACAGAAUUUUCCGGAAAAUUUUUGCCGCCAGAGAUCUACAGGAUCCCAGACGACGGCCCCGCCAGGACGGAAAUCGCCGAGAUGGAGACAGUUCUGUGAUCGUAGAAAGCCGGCGCCGAUUGCCUAGCCCCAUCAGCUGAAAGGGAAGCGCGACCGUAAAGGGUUCCCCAGGAGCAGAUUCGGAUCGCUUCCCCAUUUUGGACAACGAGUUUCUUGCCUCGUGGCCUCCCCGAGGCUCCCUUCGGAACGGAGCAUCCGUAAUAGAAGUGUUCGUUUGCCAACCGAAGCUUAACGAGCCCCGCGAGGACGGUCGAGACAGAACCAAAUUUUCGCGCACUAAGAAGACAUAGGAAAACGUUUCAGUGCCUAUGAAGAGAAUCAGGAAAACCGAGUUCCGAUCGUUUUCCACUCGCCGAGGGCUCACUCGUGCUAUCGAGCCUCCAUUGGACGAAGAUUUGAUCGAGGACCUUUUAGCGAAAUGGCGUGUGAGCACACGCGAGAGCGUCAUUGAUCUUUGUGUGCUACAUUUGGUACGGAACUUAUAAACUUACACUUCUGGACGGAGGCCGCCAUCUUUGAGAAUGGGCCACGCGCGCCACCUCAGUGGCGAUUGAGUAUUGAGAUUCUGGAUUCGAAAGUAUGCUUAUUUUUUAUCUCAUUCGUGAGGUAAUAGUAGAUUUCCUGGUGAAUAAUGUGAAAUAUAAAGAGUGGAGUCAGUUAAACAAAUAUCUAUGGCGAAAGUACUUAAGGGUGAAAUAUAUUAGGGAUGACCAUAUGACAAGCAUCGAGCUGGUUUUGAUAUUUAGUCUACCGAUGGAAGAAUAAUUCCAUCGUGUUUUUCCAUCGGGUAAUACACUAAUUUAUAUAAAUAAAUGUCAAUUUUAAUAAUGAAAUCAUUUCUUUAAAAUGUAGUAGUGGUUAAGUCGCCACACAGACCGUGCACGUGGCUGUUUCUUAAAGAUGACAGCCUCUACGUUCAUACAGAGGCAAGGCUAUUAUCGACAAAUACAGUUAGCGUAUUAAUUAAAUUUUCUACUGGUAAAUACAAGCUUUUGUGAAAAAUAAUAAUUGAAUGCAGGAAUGCAAUGCAUCCAAAAU